GAGAAGAUUCCUGCAAUUGUAUGCAUGUCUUCGGAGACAAAUAACUUGCAUUAUGCCCUAUAUAUACUCACCUUCAAUUCCCUCCUCAUUCCAACUCCAAUGCAUAUAAGUAUAUAACCUUCUCCUCUCUUCUUCUCUUUCCAGGUGAACUGCACACAACAGGGGGAGAUCAAGGUAUCAAGAAAGUAGGAUGGCAGGAGAACAACUUCAAGUGCUUAACGCACUUGAUGUCGCCAAAACUCAACUCUACCAUUUCACGGCGAUCAUCAUCGCCGGAAUGGGCUUCUUCACCGACGCCUAUGAUCUUUUCAGCAUUUCUCUGGUCACCCGUCUUCUCGGCCGCAUAUACUACACAAAACCGGGCGCCCCCAAGCCCGGCACGCUCCCACCGGCCGUGGCGUCCUCCGUCACCGCCGUGGCCCUCGUCGGAACCCUAGCCGGCCAGCUCUUCUUCGGGUGGCUCGGCGACAAGAUGGGCCGGAAAAGAGUCUACGGCGUAACGCUCGUCCUCAUGGUGGUCUGUUCUUUAGCGUCGGGAUUUUCGUUCGGAAAUACUCCGAAAGGGGUAAUGGCGACGCUUUGUUUCUUUAGGUUUUGGCUCGGAUUCGGAAUCGGCGGCGACUACCCUCUCUCCGCCACGAUCAUGUCGGAAUACGCGAAUAAAAAGACCCGAGGGGCGUUUAUUGCGGCGGUUUUCGCCAUGCAGGGCUUCGGGAUCUUGGUGAGCGGCAUUGUGGCGUUAAUCGUGUCCGUUAGUUUCGACCACGCGUUCCACGCGCCGCCGUACGAGGUCAACGCCGCCGCGUCCACCGUCCCGCAGGCGGACUACGUGUGGCGGAUAGUCCUCAUGUUCGGCGCGUUCCCCGCCGCGCUCACCUACUACUGGCGCAUGAAGAUGCCGGAAACCGCCCGGUACACCGCGCUGGUGGCGAAGAACGCCAAGCAGGCGGCGCAGGACAUGGCCGGCGUGUUGAUGGUGGAGUUGGAGGCGGAAGCGGAGAAGGUUGAGAAGAUAGUAGAAAGUUCUUCAAACUCUUAUGGAUUAUUCUCCAUGGAAUUUGCCCGCCGCCAUGGCCUCCAUUUGGUCGGUACAACCACCACGUGGUUUCUCCUGGAUAUCGCGUUUUACAGCCAAAAUCUUUUCCAGAAAGACGUGUUUAGUUCAAUCGGAUGGAUCCCGGCGGCGAAGGAAAUGAACGCAAUUCACGAAGUUUUCCGGGUGGCAAAAGCCCAGACAUUAAUCGCCCUGUUCAGCACAGUCCCGGGAUACUGGUUCACCGUUGCCCUAAUCGACGUGAUGGGCCGAUUUUGGAUCCAACUCAUCGGCUUCUUCUUCAUGACGGCGUUCAUGUUCGGCCUGGCCUUCCCCUAUUACUACUGGAGAGAUCACAGCAAAAUCGGCUUCGUCGUCAUGUACUCUUUCACCUUUUUCUUCGCCAAUUUCGGGCCCAACGCCACCACGUUCGUGGUCCCGGCGGAGAUCUUUCCGGCGAGGCUGAGGUCGACUUGCCACGGGAUAUCCGCGGCGGCCGGGAAGGCCGGCGCGAUCGUCGGCGCGUACGGGUUUUUGUACGCGGCGCAGCCCAAAGAUAAGGCGAAGACCGACGCCGGGUACCCGCCGGGGAUUGGGAUAAAGAAUUCUCUUAUUGUUUUGGGGUGUAUUAAUGCUCUGGGGUUGUUGUGUACUUUCUUGGUGCCGGAGCCCAAGGGGAAAUCGCUUGAGGAGUUGUCCGGCGAGAACCGGGAGGAUGCUCCGGCGCCGGGGGGUGGCGGGUCUGCUCACCGGACGGCGCCGGAAGUUUAAAUAUUGUUUUUGAGAAAA